GGAACUAACUAUCGCACUAGUGCCCUGUUAUCGGAACCUCAGAAGGCCAGCUGACAGCAUAAAUUGCUCCAAAAAAAAUAUUAAUUAAUACGAAAGAAAACAAAGUCACCGUUGGAAAAACUAUCAAUUCACUUGGCUGGAUAAAGAAUCGACAUCGUCUGACCUGUAAAAAAAAUAAACACAAAAUUCAGCAAAAAAAAAAAAUAGAAGUUAGUGAAAAAAAAUGGUGUGUGUUCCGUGUUUUAUCAUUCCAUUGUUGCUGUAUAUUUGGCAUAAAUUCGUACAACCGAUACUCCUAAGAUAUUGGAAUCCCUGGGAGAAAAAGGACGCAGACGGGAAUGUUAUUAAGAAAGCCCCCGAAUUCCCGUUCGAGUGCAAGGGCGGCGUAUGUCCAUUCGUACCGGGUGCGAAAAAGUCCAACGACUCUAACGCCGAUAAUGAUCAGGAUGACAAGGGAAAUGGAUUGACGGCGAAUCCUCAUAAUGACACGGAAGCAUUACUAACAUCAAAUAACCCUGAAGAUGAAACCAAAAAGCAAAUCUAGUCGACGAGAAACCAAAAAAAUAGCAAAAAUGCACAAAAUUUUCCUUAUGUUGUAAGAAGGAAAACAAGAAGACAUCGCAGACGACGCAGACAAAAAAUGUACAGGCAAAAAUACUAAGGCAAAAAAAAAAAGGGGCAUAAACACACACACAUUCAACAUCCUAACCAAUCCCACAUGCAACACGCAAUCAACAUGUGACACAACAAAAAAAAUAAUAUACUGGAAUACACUGGAGAAUAUGUUCAUAUCGUGUGGGGCGCCAGGACAUAGGCGCUUGUAAAUGGAACGGCUAAUGUGAAGGACGUAAUAUGUUGAUGACGAAGUACGCUUAACAAUCCACUAAAUGUAAUUAAAAUUGUAUCACUGGACGAUAGAAAAUGGAAA